GGGGAGGCUCAAAGCCAGCGGCCCCGCGGAGGCGGAGCGGGGCCAUGGCCGAGGUGGCUGAGCCCAGUGGCGAAGGCCACGGCGCUGAAGUUAAAACCCAGCAGCCGGCAGAGAGAGCGCUCGCGGGCUCUUCCAGGCGGGGUCCACUCUCCGUGCUUAAAGUGUCCCAGCUGCUGCUCCGAGCCAUUGCCGCACACAAAGGGCUGACCCUGGCGGCGCUCAAGAAGGAGCUGGGGAACGCUGGCUACGAGGUGCGCAGGAAGAGCGCCCGCCGAUCCGGCGAAACGUCCCGGCCCGAGGUGAAGGGCACGCUCCUGCGGGUCAGCGGCAGCGAGGCCGCCGGCUACUUCAGGGUCUGGAAGAUCCCGAAGCCGAAGAGAAAGCCAGGACGCCCGAAACUGGAGGAGGCUGGCCGCUCUCCGAGGAGGGCCCCCGCGGGGGCCCGGAGCACACGGAAGCGCCGCACGCACCGCAAGGCUUCCAGGAAGGCCAGGGCGGGAUGGAGACGGAGCACGAAGGUAAACUCGAAGGCGAGGAGGACGAGGGCAAGAGCCAAGGAGAGUGUGAGAGCCAGGAUGCCGGUGGACGAGGGCAGAGGCCGGACAUCGAAGGAGGACACUAGGGCUGGGUCGCAAGAGGAGAAAAGGUCAAGCGUGAAGCAGAAAAGGUCAAGCAUGAAGCUGAAGGAAGAGAAGAAGCAGGACACGGAGAAGCCGGUGAAGCGCAGCAUUCAAAAGCCAACCCCGCUUAAAACCGAACGUGCGGCUGUGGGGCAGGGGAAGGCUGGCACGAGGGCGUCCGCGAAAUGUGAAGGGUCUCGGAGUGCCACCGGGAAUCCGUAG